AUGGCUGCAUACGAGAUCAUCGAGCGGGACGAAGCGGGGAUCGAGACGGGGCGGUAUGUUUCGUCAGGGAAGGGAAGUAGGGUUGAUGUAGUUAAGCCAGCAGAGAGAAAGAGCUAUGUGCAGCAGGUGUUUGAUGUGUUUCUGCCUGCGGGGUAUCCGCAGAGUGACUCGUUGCAAGCUUUCUCGUCGUCGAUUGCUGGAAUGCUCGCUUCGCGUGCGGUGCUUGAAGGUCAUCUUGAUGCAGAAGACACAUUGCGGCUGCAGAAUCUCGUCCCGAGUGUCUACGCAGCAUCUAUUGGAGAUCAACGGCACAUGUCCUCCCACCAAUCCCGCUGCGUUGGCGUGGGAGAUUCGAGUGCCUCGCCUACUGCUGCACUGCUACUCUCCGUGCUUCAAGAGUCUAUGGGACGAAUUGCGACGAUACUGUUUGCGCAUAGGCUAGGCACCGCGCUAGAGCCUGAGUGCAAGAUGUACCGGCUUGCGGCCGACGUCUUUAACGAUACGGCUAUGAUACUCGACUGUCUCUCGCCCGCAUUUCCAAAGCCGUUCCGUGUACUGGUUCUCAGCUUCUCAAGCGUACUACGCUCGCUGUGCGGUGUGUGUGCUGGGAGCGCCAAGGCCAGUCUGAGCGCCCAUUUCGCCAGAAAAGGCAACCUUGGGGAGGUUAAUGCUCACAUCACCCAUAUGAAUCCCAAUGUUGACUUUGACAUAGAAGGACUCGAGCCAGGAAACGGUCAUAUCGCUACUUGGAAUGCUAUCCUUAUCGCGUUGCUGUCAAUUCAUCUCGCGACCAAUUACGCGGCUGUCAAAGCUGUCAGCAUGCGCUGCCUUAAUAGGCAACGAGCCAAUAUCGUGUUCGGGAACUUGAUGCACCACGGCUCAGUUCUCACUCCAACAGAGGUGUCGCAGCGCGAACGCAUCUUCGAGCGAGAUGGCGUGCUCCGUUGGGUCGAUGAUUGUGUGAUAGGACACUGCACAAUAGGUGUGCCUCUUGGAGUGCUCCUGGCCAGCAUGAGCCAACGCUACAGACGAACCGGAUCGUUGGAACUGAGCGACAUAAAUCUGCCGGACUUGAUGGACAUAUUUGCGGACCAAAAAUAUGUCCUAUGGUUCACGGACAGCGAAUACGAAGCCAUUGUUGUGCUUAAAGAAGGUUGCACUCCGAUUGAUCAGCUCAAAGCAUGGGCACACGCUCUAUUGUUUGCUCAGGACUUACGAAACCCUGUGCGUAGGCCAAAGGAUGGUGAUACAAGCCCAAGGCUGAGGCGGGCAGAUGCUCUGCGACGCACAAUAGGUGAAGCAGACAAGCUGUUCGCCAAGUACACCGCAUUGCUGAGGCAAGAGGGCUGGGAUCUAGAUGUCGCUGCUCUGGAAACGCGAGCUGGUGUACGGUCACAGAUUGGCGUCGACCAGGGAAGCUGA